AUGUUUUUCUGCUGCACCACCACUGCUAGCGUCAUUUUCGCCACCGACGCCAAACUCUACCCGCUCUAUGAGAAGCUGGCGGCCUUUCUGCCCAGUGCCGCUGUCGGUAUUCUCACCGACAGCUCCACCAACAUUGUCAACCUGCUGCGCAGCAACUACGACAAGAUUGCCAACCGCGCUGAACUCCUCGUCACGCACGACACGGAAGCUCUUGAUGUCCAAGUCUUGAGCAAAUGUCAAGGCGAGACGCGGUUUAGCAAGAAGACCGUCUGCAAGGAACACCCCGUAGGUGGCAAGAUUGAAUACCGCGUUACAGUCAAACCCACGCGUUGCUUCCCGGGCACCAAGCAGGUCCUUUUGAAGAUGGUUGCAUUGGAGGACCAGGUAAGUGCGCCUCCUUGUUGUUCACUGCCAUGA